AUGUACACCGCACAGGUUCCAAGAAAUAACCUAGACGUCCACCUCGAGUGGAUGCGUGGACUCGGAACGAAACGACGCGAAUAUUUUCCUACGGCUAAUGAAGCAAGACCUAUCGCGCCCAUUAAAAGUACCAGCGAUAAAUGGCAGAGUAUAAAAUCACGUGAUCAAGAUUCUUUUAAUGCAGUACAGCCUUCGAAUUCAUUGUCAACGGUCACUAAUCUGGAUAGUAGCCUCAAUAACGAAACGAAUAUGUGCUUAGAUGAUGAUUUGUUUUGCAACGGGAAGGAACCGAAAAGAAACAUGGAGCGAUUUAGAUCUCGUGAUUCGGGUGUAUCCUUGGGCUGUGACAUUACACCAAAUUCAACUGUUCACGAAAGAUUUACCAAUAAUUCGGCAACAGAGCCACCUGUGGGUUCUUGUAUAGAUACGGCAAUAGAUUUGGAUGACAAUAGUAAUCUAAUGUGUGAAGAUGAUUUGCUUUGUGACUAUGAACUAUUUAGCGAAGAGGAAUUGAGAAUGCUAUUGGAUGAAGAAAAUUCGAAGAGAGAGGCAGAACUUCAAAAAAAUAUAUAUUCACAGAAUGGAAGGCAAGUUCCCCAAACAGAAAAACUUUCGACAUUAGAUUUAGGUUCAGACUUCACGAAAUUGGAGAACAUCAACCUUUUGGUUGAUUUUUGGCAAGAGAAUAAUCAAGAUCUUGAAAAAAUGUCAUAUAAUGAGUUGAACGAAUGUCGAAAUUUGGCCAAUUCCAUCAGAUAUAAAGCAGCAGACGAGUUAGCAGAAUUGUGGAGUAGCGGUAAAGGUGAUGAUCACCGGUUUAAGUUGUUAACUGAAAAGCGGGACAGUUGCAAAGCUCGGAUUGAAGCAAUCGAGUCCAGAUUAAAAGCCUUCGGUAGCACAAACUUUAUGGGACAAGGUUCAAAUGGAGAUCACUUUACUGCAGCAUACUCAUCUACUCAUGAAACUUCACUCGAAACACGGUCUUCGUAUUUCAACAAUUUCCAAGUGACCAAUACUUGUCGCGCGGACACAUCCUCCAGUUUCAAUUGCUCAAAUAACACAAUGCCUGAACCCGUUGCAUCAGUACCGACACCAGAAAUAAUGGAUCAUGUGGACCCCGAUAUUUUUAAUGUUUUGCGUCGUGAUUUUAAAUUAGAAAACUUUCGAUACAAACAAUUAGAAGCUAUCACUGCAACACUAAACGGUGAGGAUGUUUUUAUGCUAAUGCCAACUGGAGGAG